AACAUCCAAAAUUACACAAUCGGCGUCUUACUUCCCAGCCAGCUUGCAACAUACAAGGGUGUCCUGCCAAACAAUUAUGUUACAGGCAUCCUCAAAUGCUACUGGUUCAACUUGCUGGCAGGUAUUGAGCGCAACCACGGCCACUGGGCCAAGGUGAUUAAGGCCAUCCAGCAUGGAAUGACCGAGCAAUGGGCAAAGAUCAAAAAGACAGUAAGUCGAACUUAUUCCGGAUCUUCUUGA